AUGUCCAUUUCUGGGACUUUGAGCAACUAUUACGUGGACUCCAUCAUAAGUCACGAGAGCGAUGAACUCUCAGUCCCGGGUCGUUUUCCCGGCGUCCAAUACUCCGGCUCCAGCUCCGCUGCGCCCGGCAGCGGACGGCUGGCGGGCGGCGCCACGCACGCGGAGCAUCCCCACCCCGAGUCCUACCCGUCCUGCAGCUUCCAGCCCAAACCGCCGGUCUUCUCGUCGUCCUGGAGCCCGUUCAGUCCCCACCACGGCGCCAGUGGCCUCCCCGCCGUCUACCAUCCGUACAUUCCCGCUCAGCACGUGCCCACGGACGCACGGUACAUACGCUCAUGGCUGGACUGCGCGCCGACGCGCGGCUCCGAGCCCGUGCCGGGGCAGGGCCAAACGGGGCAGGUCAAGCUGGAGCCGCAGCUCGGCCACCUCACGGCCGGAGAGAUGCCGCCCAAACUGGGACCGCACCAGCACGAGACCACCACCUACAUCCUGGAGUCCACUUCCACCGCGGCGCGCGAGCUGAGCCACCAUCCAGGCGCCAUCCCCGGAGCUGGGUUCGAGGAAAAUAAGGACAUUUGUGACGGGAGCGAGGACAAAGACGGGCUGGAUCAAAAUGACCCCUCGGCGAACUGGCUGCACGCGCGUUCCUCCAGGAAGAAGCGCUGUCCGUACACGAAAUACCAAACGCUGGAGCUGGAGAAGGAGUUCCUGUUCAACAUGUACCUCACGCGGGACCGGCGGCACGAGGUUGCGCGCGCGCUCAAUCUGACGGAGCGGCAGGUGAAGAUCUGGUUCCAGAACCGGAGGAUGAAAAUGAAGAAGCAGACCAAGGACCAACCCAAGGACUAG